UACAUCGAGUCCCGUUUCCAACGAUAAUUCGAAGAUACUCCAAACAUUAGCAAUCUGUCAGAGAAAACAAAAAGUUCUGAUUUUGAAGCACAGUCAAGUCAAGUAGAUUCAGAACUAAAAAUGGUGUCCAGUGAAUACCCUCGCCAAAUCAUCCACAAUUUCAUUCCUCUACAAGUUUGUAAGGAGCUAGAAUUUAUUCACAAGAGCAAUUGCACAGUUGGAUACAGACCAAAUGUGUUUUCCACUACUCUUUCUCAUCUCAUCGCCACCAAUUGCCCUCAUCUCAUUAUGCCUUUUAUCCUUCUUCGAGAAAAGUUGAAGGAAAAAGUGGAGGAAGUGUUUAAUUGUGAGUUUGAGCUGUUUAUAGAAUUCACUGGUUUGAUAAGCUGGAAUAAAGGAGCAAGCAUUGGAUGGCACAGUGAUGAUAACAGGCCCUAUCUCAAGCAACGUGACUUUACGGCAGUCUGCUAUUUAAACAGCUGUGGAGAGGACUUUAGUGGCGGCAUGUUUCACUUUCAGGACGGGGAGCCAGCUAAUUAUGUUCCGAUGGCUGGGGAUUUAGUCUUGUAUUCUGCUGACAGCCGCAAUGUACAUUGUGUUGAUGAGAUAACUGAUGGAGAACGACUAACAUUGACACUGUGGUUCAGCCGCAAUAAUUCAUUCGAUGAGGAUGCUAAACUCAUUUCACUUUUGGCUCAGAAUGUUUUACAUACUGAGCCUGCUUCAUCCAUUCCCAUACCAGCACCUAGCAAUAUGUAUUGGUUUUCUUUGGACCAGGGUUCUGAUCACAAACAAGGCUAUGACAUACACUAUGCAAGAUUAUUUGUUCUGGGAUAUGAUAUCUAUCCCACACGAGAAAGGAGUUGUUUUUCAGAAAAGAAUUUGCAGGACUGCUUAGAUGUAUUCACUAAGCCAUUGAAGCUGACUAGGGAAAACAAGCUUUUUAGCAGAGAAUUUGCUAAUCUGUUGCACGCUCUCCAGGUUGUACAAUUCUAUUGCUGGAAAUGGCCAACCCUGCUCUCCUCAGAAGCUGCCGCAGUUACUGGUGAUGUACUACUAUUAUCCGAAGCACAAAACGUGGUUGUUAAUGAGCUAAGAUCUAUUAUCUUAAACUCUAUGCAGCUGGAUAUGGGGACAUUAUGCUAUUCAUCUCCUGGAAAGAGCAGAGAACUUCAUUUCGAUUGGGCCUGCUUAUCUGCUGCUGUAACAUCGUGGAAAGAAUACACAUUCGAGUUGCAUAAGCAACUGCUACUGCAUUUACCUUUCUGGAAAGAUUAUCAAUCUUUAUUUUCUGUUUCCUCUUGCGUUAUAGAGAAAUGAAUGUGAAUGUCCAUGUUUAAUAUAACGUUUUUGCUCUCUUAA